AACAGGAUGUGGUAUGGGAUGAAACCUUUCCCCUACCCCACACUCCACCCCCCGGAACCCUGGUCGCCACCCCCCAGAAGACAGCGGAACAGAGAAAAGAAGAGGCCUGUGGAUAGAAAAGUCAUGUCCGACUCCCUGGUGGUGUGCGAGGUGGACCCUGAGCUAAAGGAAAAGCUGAGGAAAUUCCGCUUCCGAAAAGAGACAGACAAUGCAGCCAUAAUAAUGAAGGUCGAUAAAGACCGGCAGAUGGUGGUGCUGGAGGAAGAAUUUCAGAACAUUUCUCCAGAGGAGCUAAAAAUGGAGUUGCCUGAGAGACAGCCCAGGUUCGUGGUUUACAGCUACAAAUACAUGCACGAUGAUGGCCGAGUGUCCUAUCCCUUGUGUUUCAUCUUCUCCAGCCCUGUGGGCUGCAAGCCCGAACAACAGAUGAUGUAUGCAGGAAGUAAAAACAGGCUGGUGCAGACGGCAGAGCUCACAAAGGUGUUUGAAAUCCGCACCACUGAAGACCUCACCGAGGCCUGGCUCCAAGAAAAGUUGUCUUUCUUUCGUUGACCUCUUGGUUCCAAGAAAAGUUGUCUUUCUUUCAUUGGCCUCUGGGCUGGGGACCUGAAUACCUGAUGUCUUGAACCCCUAGGACCUGAAUAUCUGAGACCUUAAAGAAAUUAAAACGCAAGAACUCAGAGACCCUCA